AUGCAGACACUGAUUCCGUUAUUCGUCGCUUUGAGCCUGGUCUCGGGCGCGCAGCUGAGGCUGCUGCCGUACGCGUAUCUGGCGAGUCCGUUUCCGGUGUACAAUCAGUACCAGAACACGAGGACAGGGGAGCACGCGUACAGUUACGCCGGCGGUCCGUCGGCCAAGGAGGAGAUCAAAGACGCCGACGGCGUGACACGGGGCUCGUACAGCUACAUAGACGCGAACGGUAUCCUCCAAUCGGUCUUCUACGUCGCGGACGAGAAUGGUUUCCGGGUCGCGGCGACCGAUUUGCCGACCGAGACGAACCUCGACACAACUCACGUGCUUCUUGCUAGAAGCGUGAAGCCCGAGGAACAGGAGAAAUCGAGUCGCAGGAAACGUAGCUUGGACGUUCAGGACGUGAAACAAUCGGAGAUCAAAGUCGAGGGAGCAAACGUGAGGACACUUCUGACGCCGGAAGCGACACUGAUCCAGGAGCUACCGUUGUCCACGUCCCAUCAGAGCCAAGUUCAGAUCCAUCGUAAUCUCCAGGUGGCGACCAAGGACAAACCAAUCGAUGUUCUACCGUUGUCUUCGAUCAUCCAGGCCCCGACAUUAUUGCAGAGCAUCCCGUUGCUGACACCUUUGCCAUCCUAUCACGAGAACCGUAUCGAGCUUCACAAGCAACUGGGCAUCGAGGGUGCUGAGCUGAAGGACGCGGUGAAAAUCGAUAACGAACCGUUGACUCUUGUUCAACCGUCUGUCGCGGUCCCAGUCGCGUCUGUUCUGUCCAAGGAGGCUAUUGUUCCGGCCACUGCUUCUGUGACCACUUCCAUCUCCAGCCAUGGUAUCAGCCAGGUCCAUCCUUCGUCGCAGGUUAUACAACAACCCCUGGCCAUACCCAGUUUGAUCGCCAAACAGGCAGUGCCUGUCAUCCAAAAGGAAACGCCUGUGAUCGCCAAGGAGGCUGUUCCAGUGGUACCAAUCGUCAAAGAGGCGAUUCCUAAACUCGCCACUGCCACUGUCACCACGUCGAUCAGCAGCCAUGGGGUCAGCCAAAUCCAUGGGGAUUCGAAGGUGAAGGUGGAACCAACGCUGCUGCUCAGAGGAUCCACUGUCGCCCAGCUUCAUCCUGUGGUCAAUCUGCCGGUUUAUUAUCAUUAA